CUCUUUUUUUUUUUUCAGAUAUAUAUAAAAUAUAAUAUCCUCUACCUCUCAAUUUUACCUUCAAAAAAAGAGAUUCAAAUUAUAAAAAAAAUAAUAAUAACCAUUUCACUCGUCACAUGUACCGCCCUCGUAUUUAUAUCCAAACAAACACACACAAACAACAACAUAUCCACCCUCUCGUCUCGUCUUCUCUUCACUCAGUCACUCUCAUUCUUUGUUGACUUCUUCUCCGAUCACUCUUCAAUGAAGCAAGUCUCCAUCGAUCCAUGAGAACAUAAUCGCAGCAUGUCGCUCACGUGCUCCAGUAACUUUUCAGACCUUCUUUGCGGCGAGGAUUCAGGCGUCUUCUCCGCCGAGUCUUCACCGGAAUGUUCAUCAUCGGACCUCGAAUCUUCUGCCUCCAUUCAAGAGUCUAUCGCUGGGUUUAUAGUCGAUGAGAGAAACUUUGUUCCUGGUUUUGAUUACUUGACUCAGUUUCAAACUCAGUCUCUCGAUGCCUCUGCUAGAGAACAAUCUGUUGCAUGGAUUCUCAAGGUGCAAGCAUACUAUAAUUUCCAGCCAUUAACGGCGUAUCUCUCCGUCAACUACAUGGACCGGUUUCUGUAUUCUCACCGAUUGCCGCAAAAUCAGGGGUGGCCAUUGCAGCUUCUAUCUGUUGCUUGCUUGUCAUUAGCUGCAAAAAUGGAGGAACCACUGGUUCCUUCUCUAUUGGAUCUUCAGGUUGAAGGAGCCAAAUAUAUUUUUGAAACAAAAACCAUCCGCAGAAUGGAGCUUCUGGUGCUCAGUGUUUUAGAUUGGAGGCUACGAUCUGUGACUCCAUUCAGCUUCAUUGGGUUUUUUGCGUGCAAACUCGAUUCAACAGGAGCUUUUAUAGGAUUCUUAAUUUCUCGAGCCACCGAAAUUAUUUUAUCCAAUAUCCAAGAGGCCAGCUUUUUAGAGUAUUGGCCGUCAAGCAUUGCUGCAGCAGCGAUUCUUUGUGCAGCCAAUGAAAUUCCAAAUUUGUCUCUUGCUAAUCCUGAACAUGCUGAAUCUUGGUGCGAUGGACUAAGCAAGGAGAAAAUCAUUAGCUGCUACCGGUUGAUGCAACAACUCGUGCUUAAUAAUAGUGGGAAAAAGGCACCAACAGCUUUACCCAAGCUUCGGGUAACAAUCCGGGCCAGAAUGAGAUCCUCCAGUGAUUCAUCGGCCUCAUCUCCAUCACCAAUUUCUUAUAAAAGGAGAAAAUUAAAUAACUGCCUAUGGGUAGAUGAUGACAAAGGAAAUUCGGAGUAAAGGGAAGGGAAUAUUAAAAGAAAAAGGAAAACUGGGGGUCCAAGUUGUCGAGAAUCCUCGAUAUUUUUGGAGGGUUUUGGGGUAAAUUAACAAGAGUGAUGUAGAUUAUAUAUAUACAUAUAUACAUAUAUGUAUGUAUUUAUUUAUAUACGAGAGUUCGGUGAGUUUGGAAGAUUGAUUUAUUAAUUUGUUUUGCCCUUUGAAGUUGGUGGAAUGGCAUCCAUCAUCCAUUAAUGGCAUUGCAGAUUCCCAAUGGAAGGGGAUUUGUUACAUAAAUAUAUAUUUGUUUGACAGAAGUUACAAGGGAAGACUGAGAAAGAAAAGAAGUGUUAAAUAGUGGAGUGAUGGAGUGUGAAAGAAGUGGGGAUUGAAUUCAAAGGCUGCAUUGAUUGUUGAAUGAAAGAAGGCGAUAGGCGGGACCCUUGGGCGGAAAAGAGAAGAAAAUUUGGAAAAACAAGAGAAUGCAGAGUUUGAAUUAAUUUCUAGGGUAUAUAAAUAUAUUGUCAAAACUUCCCAUCAAGGCGCGCCAUAUCGUUUUCUUCUGGAUCAUCUCUGCAACUUUUGACAAAGCCAUAGCGAAGAUAUAGCACGAUAUCAUAAUGAACAACAUGGCUCCAUUGAUCUCCAUGUUAGUACAUUUUUAUACAAGACAUGAGUGGUUUGUGUAUGUGUUUUUUUGGCGGCAAAUGCCUGGCCUUGACAUGUCGUUAAUUGGCCUAACAUAUACUUGGUCUUCAUACGUGUGAAUGUUUACAAGUGUGCAGCACUACUCUUUUAGAUUUUUUUUUUUUUUUUAAACAAAGGUUGAAAUUAGCCUCUUUCUUGGCAACAUAUCGAAAGGUCUUUGGGGCCUUUUCAAGCGCGUUGUAUUGGAUUAAUAAAUGUAAUAAAAAUCAUCGAUAUUUUUCCA